AUGUUUUCCCAUAUCGUGCUAUCACUUAUGGUGGCUGCGUCAGUGCUGGCGUCUCCAGGAGACAAUUUGGACGACUUUCGUGAUUGUAGGUACCAGUGUGAGCAAUUGACUUGCUACCUGAACCCAUACUACAUUCUCCAGGACCAGUUUGAGGAAGCGUUGAGGGCUGCUGGCGACUAUAAACGGUACGAGCCGCUGUGGAGGUUUACUUCUGGAGGGCUUAACUUGCCUAUGAAGUUGCUCUUGUGGGACUGUCCGUCCAAUUGUGACUACCAGUGUCAGCAGAUCGUGACGAAGGAAAGAGUUAGAAAGGGUGAGGAGGUGUACCAGUUCCACGGGAAAUGGCCUUUUUGGAGAAUCUUUGGUGUUCAAGAGGUUGCCCUGAUGUUGUUCUCGUUCUUGAACUUUAUUCCACACUACUUGGGGUACUUUCAGUUGAAGGCAUUGGCUGAAAAGCUUCCACAGACACAGGCCACCUACCUUCGAGGCAUGUUAAGAAACACGAGGUUUGCGGCUUUGGUGGCCAUGGGCGCUUGGCUCUCGCUGACAAUUUUCCAUAUCAGAGAUGUGAUGUUUACUGAAAAGCUUGAUUACUACUUUGCUGGUUUGACGGUUCUUACCGGCUUCUACGGCAUUGCGUUCAGGUACUUUAAGCUCUACCUCCCAAGGAGGUACUUGGCUAAGUACUCCUUUGCACUCUUGUGCAUUGCUGCUUAUGCUUCCCAUAUUUAUCGUCUCGAGACAGACUGGCUGUACACAUACAACAUGCAAGCUAAUAUCUUUGUGGGUAUUUUGCAAAACAUCUUCUGGGGCUUGACCUGUUUCGAGCUCUAUACGAAGUAUUAUGACCUAGAAAAAGACGAUAACAUCAUCAGGUUGGACCACCUCGAGUACGUUCGCUCAAACCGCAUUUUCAUGGGCAGCUUCUACUCCAAGUCGCCUAAGCUUUACUCGCUUUAUCCGCUCUUACUUUGUUUUAUUGUCAUUGUGGGCAUGUCGCUUGAGAUCUUCGAUUUCGCUCCAAUCUUCUUUGACUUGGUUGAUGCCCAUUCCUUGUGGCACUUGGUUACCUUCUUCCCUGCUUUCUUUGGCUGGUACGACUGGAUGGCAUGGGACAUCACAAACAAUGUGUGGGACGACUUGGAACCAGUUGUCGAGAAGAAGGAACAAUAG